GCCGCCGCGGCACAACCUGCCGAGCCCGGUGUGCUGCUGAAAGUGCCCUAGAGCCUCGACAACCAUGUCCGAAUCGUGUUUCCGCGCCGAAGGGGGGUAUCUCUGAAAGUUGCUCGUUUCCAAAUAGCGUCUAGGUAUGGAGGCGAUGGAAAAGGAAACAAAGCGGGAUGGGGAAAAGAAAAAGGAGAAAAAAUGCCUCAAGAUGCAACCCAAACCAUGCUCAGAUUGCACUUGCCCUGACCAAAAACAAUCGUUAUCGAAGAGAAAGUGCUUUCCAAGGAGGAGACGCGAGUCUUUUCCAUUUCCAUCGUGUUGUCCAGAUGAGAGUAAACAUGAACCCAAUCGUGAUACGAGCCAGAACCGAGAACGCCGUUGGAAGAAACCCCAUGUCGUACCGUCCUGAUCCCGUGUUCAGAGUAGGAAUAGACCAAGGAGAGGGUAUGUGGACCGGAAAACCAUGUGUUGCCGAAGAAAGUAAAUCCGAACUUGACCGACUCCCCGCUGUGUGGUUGGCCAAAGCACGCUUAGGCAACCGGCGCGAGAGGGGCGACGGGCUGGGGGGGCAUGACCGGGGCGCCCGUCAUGUCGACCUCGGGCUGCAUCUCGCCGCCCAUGGGGCCGGGCUUGUUGCCGCAGUCGCGCGAGAUGUGUCCGGCCUCGCCGCACUGGUAGCAAGUCUUGCCGGCCGUGUUGAGCGGGCCGCCGUUGGGGGCGGUGCAGUCGCGGGAAAUGUGGCCGAGCUUGCCGCAGGCAUAGCACUUCAUCGCUUGCGCCUGGCAGUCGCGAGCAAAGUGGUUCGGGCCGCCGCACUUGUAGCAUGUUGCCGGACGGGGUCCGCCGACGAAUCCACCCCGCAUCGGGGCAAAGCCACCACGGGGGACCAUGGCGGAGGGUCGGGCACUCGGCCUGGACGUGUCCGAGACCCUGGCAGUGGUAGCACUGCUUCGCCUUGGUGGUGCGGGGCAUCGGGCACUCGUUCGACUCGUGGUUCGGUUGCUUGCCUUUGUAGCAGAGCCGAUGCGGCGAGGCGCAGGCCUCGGCAUGGUGGCCAAGCUCACCACACUUGUAGCACGCCCGACGAGAAACUGACGACAUGAUGCUUGUGUCUGAAAGGGAUCUGCAAGCGCGUUAGCAGGAUGUCGCGCCUGGCCACGCGAUCCCCCUCGGUGAUGUUUGUUUGCUGACACGUUUGCAAGCGCUGGUCGUCGU